CUCUCUUGCUCUUUUUUUCGCUCACAGCAUUUCAUCUUGUGUGGACACUCGAAUUGCAAACAGCGACAAUAACGUUUGUUUGAUCAUCAUGCUGCCGAACACUAUAAUGCCCUUUGAGAAUUUUCGCAAAUUACAUAAAUCAGAAGAGAAAGAAAAACUUCUUCAUUAUACGGUUAUGAUUGAGUGUUUGUCAACGUUACCGAUUGAUCUCGUAAACGUGAAUACUUAUGAAAACACCCUUGAUAUACAUAUAUGUUCUAGUGAAGAUAUCGCUCGGAGCUAUCGUAAAAUAUACCAGAAGAUUUUCAGAAUAAAUUUGGCAAGGUAGUCAAAAGGACGAGGACGGGAUUUCUACUUGAAGUCGAUGGUUAGUAACGAAUGAGUCGAAAGUUGUGAGGCAAAAUAGUCUUGUUACUUUUUGAUGCACUGAAAAGUUUCCCGGGUCAAUGGAAAGCAGUAGAUUAUAACCAGGAUUUUGUACUAUUUUCAAGUAUGAGCUCAUAACAGUUGUAUUUAGUUUUAUUGGUUUCUAUCAGAGAUGAGAUCGGUUGACCGUUUAACCGAACCGACCGACCGACCGAAGCCGAAAUCGGUUCGGUUGGAGACUUUUCAAAAACUCGGUCGGUUAGGUUGAUGAGAAUCUGCACAUGCAUUGGAAACCGAGUUAUAUACUCAACAAGGAUCGGAUAAAUCAACAAAUUCAGACGAAUCUCUUCAUGAAGAAUAUAAUCCUUUAUCUUUCUGGAAAAAAUGCAUAGUACUUAUCCUCCUCUUUCGAAAGUCGCUGCUCGUAUUUUUUCUGUACCAGCUUCAAGUGUGGCUAUUGAAAGAGAAUUUAGUCUUGCUGGCAAUUUAAUUACACAAAAACGUGCAAAAUUAUCACCGGAUGUCGUCAACGAUAUAGUAUUUAAUCAUUCAUUCAAGGUGCAUCAACAAGGACUUGAUAAUACAGAUUCAGAUACGCUUGAAUUACGUUAA